AUGACAACAAAUGCUAUAAUUAAGACCACAUCGGGAACAGUGAUGGGUCGGGUGGUGUCGGCGCUCAACACAAAACUAUACCAAUUUCAAGCCAUACCAUACGCUGAGCCACCGGUCGGUGCUUUACGUUUCGCAAAACCCAAACCUAUUAUUAAGCCCAGAGAUGGUAUAAUAGACGCCACACAACCGGGAAAAAGUAGUUUUCAAUUGAAAAUACCAUAUCAAUCAACCGUGGUCAAUCAAAGUGAGGACAGUCUUGUGCUAAACAUAUGGACACCAACUCUACCCACAGAUAACACAACCAAUCAGUUACUCAAACCGGUUAUGUUUUGGAUAUAUGGCGGCGCCUUUAGUUAUGGCACAAUUAAUUCUUACAACGGCCGGGCAUUGGCCGCACACGACGUGGUAUUUGUGGCCCCGAACUAUAGGUUGGGAUUGUUUGGGAACCUCUACGGAGAUCGGGAGGACGCGCCCGGAAAUGUGGGCCUUUUUGAUCAACUAUUGGCCCUGAAAUGGGUUAGAGAAAACAUACAUUUGUUUGGCGGAGAUAGGGAUCAGAUCACCAUUUUUGGUGAGAGCGCCGGCAGUAAGUCUGUUUCGGCGCACAUACUCUCCCCGCUAUCCAAAGGGUUAUUCAAGAGGGCUAUUAUGCAAAGCGGGGCAAUGAUGUCCUACAGGGACAGGGAUUUGUUGAGCAAAUCCAAGGCUCUGUCCGAUGGGAAACGUUUGGCCAAAGAACUGGGUUGUAGUGAACGAAACGAUUGGAUACAGUAUUUACGGACAGUUGACGUCAAACGCCUGUUGGAAAAGACCAAACCGUUAUACUUACCGGUGUUUGGGACACAGUUUUUACCACUUUCAGCGCAAAAAGCAUUUGAAAAUAAACUGUUUAAUUCUGGUCUAAAUUGUUAUAAAUUUAGAGUACAGUAA